GACCAGUCUAUGGUCUGCAUCUGCUUGUGUACAGGGGUACUGAUGCAGUGAACUCCUGUCUCCUAAACGAUGCCAAUGGACGCAGGACUGUUCAGCUGCUCUGACCCAGCAGUGUGGAGGGGGGUGCAUGAGAAAUACUGGGCAGUUGUAGAGGCUAAGUCCUCAGGGAAAGGCAAGGCAGGAAAACUGCUGGCUCUGGACAAGUGGUAUCAGGAGGAGCUCCCAAAGCAGAUUACUGCCCGGACACAACGUCACGUUACCCGUGAUGAGCUGAGCAAGCUUAUGGAGUGGAAACUAACGAGGGGAAAGUUCCGACCAAGACUGCAGCAGCUGAUUGGCUCCAACAGUGAGGAGGUGGUGCAGAGCUGCAGCAUCAAGGCGUUUGGUCUGCUGCCAGACGUUCAGGCGGCCAUCCUGGAGCUGAGCACUCUCAAAGGGAUGGGUCCAGCCACAGCCUCAGCGGUGCUAGCAGCAGGGGCUGGCGAGGAGGUGGCGUUUAUGGCGGAUGAGAGUGUGGAGAGCAUCCCAGAGCUCCGUCCAGUGCAGUACACAGCCAAACACUACAGCCUCUACCUGGACAAAAUCACCCAGAAGACAAAGACCCUCAACACAGUGGACAGUCAACAGGAUUGGACUCCUCAUAUGGUGGAGUUGUGUUUAUGGACAUGGGCAGUAGCCAGUAAGCUGCAGCCAUCUCUGUUGGAGGAGUUUAAUGACCUAAAACACCAAACCAAUCAAGAGCCAGUUAAGAGACCUGCAGCCAAUGACAGAGCAGCUAAGAGGCAGAAAACCUAAUAAGGUGUUGUGAUGUACCAACUGCUAUUUUGAAGUACAGUUCCUUGUUGUUGGCCACAGAUCUCUAUACCUCUAUUAUGGUCUUGAUCACACACAGUUAAGAUGGUGGUCACAUGGACCAAUCUAAAUCUGAAGACAUUCCAGCCAUUUAUAUAUUGUUUCUAAAGGUUGUUUUUUUUCUUUGCCUGUAAUGCAUGAAUAAAGAUAUUUUAUAAGGAGGUC